AUGCCGCAGGAAGAGAAGGUUCUUAAGUUGAACGAUGUCUGGCAUACUUGCAAUAAGAUACGAGCCGCCGUGUUUCGCGUCGGACUCGAUCUUUGGGAGUAUUACAAGCCUCUGGAUCCCGAUAGACGUUGUUUAAUAUCAGGUAUAAAUAUCGAACAUUGGCACCGAGACGAGCGAUCGCUUCAAGCACUUCUAAAAUCCGAUUUCAUUGAAUACACCAAAUUCGCGGCAAUUGUGGAAGAAGCCGUUGCGACUGGGUGUUUGGAAAAAGCUCCUCUUGUGGUUCCCUUGCAACAUGUGCCUUCCGAGGCGAAUAGCAAAACUUUCCUGAAUUUUGACGAACGACAGAAAGUAGCUAUCGCUAUGGAUAAACUGUGUCAAGUGCGGAGUCCGAAUCUGGAGGAAGUCUUCAAAGAUUAUGAUAAAGAGAAUACUGGCACGGUUUCCAAAGGACACUUAAUCAGAACAUUGUCGGUUAGACGAAUGCUAGAGCUCAUCAAUAACAAUGAGUUGGAUGCUGUACACAAGUGCUUCUCCACUGAGAGAAACGGCCGCUUGGAGUUUAAUUAUCGAAACUUCCUGUGCACUUUGUAUCUGUUACAAGAGAAUAAAAAAAAGACCUCAUAG